AUGACGUUUAUUGUGAGUUUUCCGUCGCUGGCUGUCAGUAUUGGAACGAUAUUGGGUCCGGUGGUUGGAGGUGUGGUAUAUCAGAAGUUUGGAUACGAAGCAGUGUUUCAGUUGUCACUAGCAAUACUUGGGGUAGAUGUACUUCUUCGAUUACUCAUGAAGGAAACCAAAAGUACCCAGAGAAUGAAGGAAGAUAAAGAAAUACUUGCUGCCAAACCAGUUGGAGGGGAGCCUCGCCGAGAAUAUUCAGCAAGUCCAUUGAGAUUUGCUAAAAUGCUAAAAAAUCCAAGAGUCAUCAACAGCUUGAUGCAGUCGUUGGUAGUGGCAUGGCAGUUAACCGCACUGGAUGCGACGAUGACGAUUAGGCUUAUGAAAUUAUUUGGGUUCAAUAGUCUUCAAUCGGGCCUCAUGUUUCUACCAAUGGCCAUUCCAGCCUUUUUAGAACCCCUGAUAGGCUAUUUAUGCGAUAGACAUGGCCCAAGAUAUUUUCUUACUUUUGGGUUCCUCUUCUCAACAGUUCCACUGAUGCUGUUACAAUUGCCAAAUAACAAUUCAGCUCAUGAUGUAGUCAUUUUCGUGACCAUGCUGGCUCUAUAUGGAAUUACAUCGGUGAUGAUAUUUUCGCCUAUAUUAUCCGAGUUAUCUGACACGGUUUCCCAAGAAGAGUCAAAAGCGCCAGGCCAGUUCGGCAAAGGAAAGGGAUAUGGACAAAUAUACGGCUUAUUCAACAUGGCCUACUCGCUAGGUUCUCUUGCGGGGCCCAUACAAGCAGGGUACACUGUCGAACGAUAUUCAUGGGGCGUACUGAUGAUAACAUUGGCUGUUAUGUCACUGCUCAUGGUACCGUCAUCAUUUUACUUUGCAUCGAGAGGAGUUAGACCACCGCGCAGCCUAUAUACAGUGGCCGACAUCACUCCGACACUGCAAGAAAAACAGCUAAUAGAAGAGAUAGAGAUAGAAAUAGAAAUAGAAUAG